AUGGUGCGAGGUACGCGCUGUCAAAGCGGCGUCCAUGCGCAGCUUCAGGGUGACGAUGGAACUGCGUGCGCGCGAUGCAAAGACCUGAAGGUGCGAUGUCUGAGACACGGCAGCCACUAUGUCCCAUCUCGAGAUGCCUCAUCGUCAUCCCAACAACAACCUGCAACUCUUCAAACCCCACGCAUGAUCGCCAACUACCAAUCGAUCUCACUGCGCAUCGACGACACGAUCUCCCCCUCCCUCACCGUGACCGCGCUCGCCGACCAACAGACUGAAGUGUUCACCAACUAUGUCCUCGCCGUCUUUCCCUGCUACUUCAAAUGCACCGAAAAGCAAGUCCCCGUCAACUGGAUCGAGUACGUCGAUAGCCGACGCGGCUCUCCAUCCCCGUCACCCUUCGACUGGGCUCUGCGCGCCUGCACAUUCGCAUACACGGGGGCUUUACACAACGACCCACGCUUCACCCACGCCGGACGAGACCUCUACCUGCGCUCUCUGCGCGGGCUCGCCAUCCUCCUCUCCUCGCCAACCACCGCCGCAUCGGACGAAAGCCUCGCAACGGCCAUCUCCCUCGCCAUCUACGAAAAGCACCACUGCACAGAAUCGGACGCCUGGUUACGGCACGCGGCUGGAAUCCGCACGCUGCUGAAACUGCGCGGACCAGCCGCCCACGUCCACGGAUUCGGACGCGCCCUGUACCUCGCCUACCGACAUUUCUUGAUCACGCAUGCGUUGAUCUCUGGGGAGCCGUGCUUCUUGGAGACGCCCGAGUGGCGCGCCGUGAAUGAGCAGAUUGUCGCGGAUAACGCUAAACUACCGGACUCGUCGCUAUAUACGGAUGUCAUCGAGCGGGCUAGUCUCGUGGUGAUCCAAAUCCCGGGACAUGUGCAGGAGGUACGCGAGCUGCAGGAGAAAGAGAAGAAACCUAGCAAAGAGCAGACGACGGCGCUGCUGCAACGGGUCCAGGCGACGCGCGCAGCACUUCGAGGCAUCCAUACCGAAUUCGGUGUCGCGGUGUCGAUGCUACGGGCCGGACAGGCACAGCCACAAGCACAGGUACAUGGCGAGACCCGAUCUCGAUGCAGGGAGAGUGAUAGUUCAGGACGAGGUUUCAUUGGUCCCUUACCGCAUUUAUUCUUCGAUCGGUACUCCCGGCUCUUCGACAAGGGUGUGCGGUCGGGGUUACGGAUUCUUAAUUACUGUGUUUGGAUCCUCGAUCCAAGUCAGCGGGAGACUCUGGAAGAUGAGAUCCGGUUGUUGGAAGAUCGGAUUGAACCGUCGCCGUCUCCGUUGCCGUCACCACCAUCUUCCUCUUCAUCUAUAGCCUCUGUAUUCGAUACCGAAGAUGAUGCAUUCCUGCUCACACCGCCUGAUUCUCCAGGGGAUGGGGAGGUUAGAUUACAGAUCAAAUCGCUGAUUACACCGGAAACAAAACGGCCGCCUAUCACGCCGUGGAUGGAUCGGAUUAUGACGACGAUGGGGCUGGAUGGGGUGGAGGUUCGGUUGGGGGAGUUGUGA